UAACGAACGUUAAAGUCAACUUGUUACACACCAACAAGUCUACUGCGAGUACGAAGUACGAAACUGUAGUUAUGGUGAAACUAUUUUCAUGUUCUGAUAAUGCUUUUGUGUAAAACUAUACUAGAGCAACACGGUCUGAACAAUUACAUUGGUAUCGAAAUUCUACUAGCGAAUGUGUUUGUGUUGACUUUGUAAACAGUACACACAAUGGAAGGAAAUGGUGAUACAGACGGAGAAAAGUGCUCGGCAACAAGUGAGCCUGUCCCCGAAGACCUGACGACCAGCUCCCCGUGUCCCUCGUACGAGGAAUUUGUCCCCUCGGAUGGACAGGACUCAGCAGAUGAGCCGCGGAUUAAUUCUCAGCCCCAGUCACCCGUCAUGGAGAACAGCUGCAAAGAGUUCACAAGCAAUGGCGAGGAACAGUCACAGCUUCCCUGUCAGCUGUGUGAGGAAGACCCUCCCAGAAUAGCCGUUAAGACCUGUACGGUGUGUACGGUGCGGUACUGUGAACUGUGCCUGGCUCUAACCCACCCGCCCCGCCCGCCGUUUUCGGAACACACGUUGAUCAACCCACGGACUUCGUUUAAAAAGACGGUGCUGUGCCCCGACCACCCCACCAGACCAGUGGAGAUGUACUGUGUGCAGGACCAGACUCCCGUGUGUCUGCUGUGUGAGAAGGUGGGCAGACACAAGCAGCACAACAUGGCGGCCCUGGAGGAGGUGUUCUCCCAGAGACGGGCCGAGCUGCAGGUCAGGGUGGACCGCCUGGGGGCGUGGUUGUCAGAGGGGGAGGAGAUGGUCCAGAGGCUCCAGGAGAAACAAGAGAAUGUGAAGAACAGGGCAGCGGAUCUGAAGUCCAGGAUCGAGGAGGAAUGUGAUGACUUGGUCGACCGCAUCAGCAGACGUAAUACCGAGAUGGACCGUCAGGUGGCGGUAGUCAGCAGCGGCGACACCGCAAAUCUCGCGAGACUAAUACGUGAUGUCCAGGACAACAUUCCCAAGGCGCAUGCGUCACUGAGCAAGGCAGAAGACUUGCUCCACGAGACAGACCAUGCUAAUUUUCUGCAGUCAUCGGCGCCUGUAAUGGCAGAAAUCCGCAGAAUGGGCCACAUUUUCGGCACGAAUGCAGAAAACGUCGCCUGUUCCAUCGACAAGCUCACCGUUGACUUCAGUCAGCAAAAACAAGUGAUAGAAACCAUGAACAUACAUAAAAGGUCCGCCCCUGCAGUUUUCACUCCGCCGCAUGGCUUCCCCACGCCUAUGAGUCCGUAUGUGCAGCAGCAUGCGCCUUUAGCUACACCAGGCUAUCCUGUUGUCCAUGGGCCUCCUUUUCACACAUUUCCAGCUUCAACACCAGCGUUUACUGCGGUACCUACAGCAGUGCACUGCACAUGUCCGCCGCAAGGACAACAAGGAAUGAUGAAGAUCCGUCAGCCCGCAAGUCAAGGUCAACCCGUAUCAACGUUUGCUGCUGGAGGCUAUUUACCCCCUGCACAGGUCGCGACGACAUACCCCACAUGUCCUCCUCACGUAGGAGCGCCUCCUGGCGUCCGACAUCCACCAGCGCAGCCAACAAUCUUGGAUGACCUUUGCAGUUCUUCUAUGCAAGAAAUUUACAUCUCAUGGCAACCUGUUCACAACGCGGAUGAAUAUGAAGUUCGGUAUACAGUUGGAGGCCGCCAAGUGGUCGCGGUUGUGCGUACUUGCUCAUUCACGGCGGGCUAUCUGAAGCCAACAACGGAGUAUGGGUUCGAAAUUCGGGCCAGAAAUGUGGCUGGAUCGUCUCUACCGAGCAUUAUCCACCUGGUGACGGAAGGGUAUGGUUUCAAGUUCAGGUUUGAUCCCAAAACGGCCGGGCGAUUCCUCACGUUUUCCGGCCAGAACACACGCGUAGCAGUGACCGACCGCGAGGACAACCGGGGCGAUUUCUCCGCACGGUUCACCGAUGGGAACACAGUUUUGGGGGACCAACAAGUCACCAGCGGAGUUCACUACUGGGAGGUAAGCGGGGCUGGAGCACACUUCGCCGUUGGUGUCGCCUACGCAAGCAUGCCCAGGGACAGGGACAUUCGGGACACCAACAAAUCAUGGGCAUUUGUUCAACACGAGAAAACGCAGACGUUCCAUCACAACGAGAGAACCGUCUCCCGUCACGAGGUCGACAUUGUACCGUCCAAGAUCGGCGUGCUCUUGGACUACGAUGCCGGGCAAAUCUGCGUGUACAAUGCGGACAGAGGAACAGUCAUCUGCACACACAAGACCACGUUCACAGAUCCGGUCUAUCCGGCAUUCUCUCUGUGGCAGGGCUCCUUAAAGCUCUUUACUGGACUGGAAAAACAGCGGACCAUGGCCCAGCAUCCAUUGCGAGAAGAGCCUCUCACGGCCGCCAUCUUGGACGCGUUCCCGCCUCAGGAGCAAAAGCAAAUGUUGGGAGAGCGGAUCUUUCCAAUCGUCCAGGAGUCUCAUCCCUACCUUGCCGGUAAGAUCACGGGCAUGCUCCUGGAAAUCGACAACGCCGAGUUGUUACACAUGUUGGACAGCCGCGCGUCUUUCAACGCUAAGGUCGAGGAGGCGGUAGCCGUGCUGGAUGCACACAAAGAGAAGGAAAAGCGUUCCCGAAAACAGUCUGAAAAUGGAGAAUAAAACGUUGUCUGGUAA